AUCUAGCCUCUCCCUGUCAUGGCGGAUAAUUUAAUCUCUCACCACCUUCCUGCUCUGUUUUAUUAUUGCGGCCACCUCGCCACUCCCAUCCCGCCAUGUCCUCUCUGCCUCUGACCUCCAGCCUCCUUUUUCUCAACCUCUGACGGCACUGGUAGCUGCAGAGAGCUAGCCAGCUUCUCCUCCCCGUGCCGCCAGCCUAGCUCGAUCUCCUCCUGACCUGAGCCCUGGUCUCCGCCAGCCAGCGCAGCCAUGCUGGUGCACUGCGACGUCUGCGGCGCCGAGCCGGCCGCCGUGCUCUGCUGCGCCGACGAGGCCGCGCUCUGCUCAGCAUGCGACCGCAGCGUCCACCGCGCCAACAAGCUCGCCCACAAGCACCGCCGCAUCCCGCUCCUCCAGCCCUCCGGCGACAGCUCCCCCGCCGCCGCCGCCGCGCCGCUCUGCGACGUCUGCAAGGAGCGGAGGGGCCUGGUGUUCUGCGUGGAGGACCGCGCCAUCCUGUGCGCCGACUGCGACGACCCCAUCCACAGCGCCAACGACCUCACCGCCAAGCACAGCCGCUUCCUCCUCGUCGGUGCCAAGCUCUCCGCUGCGCUCGUCGACCAAUCGCUGCCCUCUCCUGACGACUGCGGCCGCGGGAACGGCACCGGCGAGCCCGACGGCGUCGCCGCCGCCAUCUGCGCGCAGGACUCCUGCACGGCCAAGAGCUCGGCUCUUGAUUGCAGCAACAGCUACGGCGCCGGCGCCGUCGGCGGCAGCAGCAGCAGCAGCAUCUCCGACUAUCUCACAAACAUCUGCCCCGGCUGGCGCGUCGACGACCUCCUCUUCGACGACGCCGCGUUCUCCGCCGCCUCGAACGCCGGGUGCGACGAGCACGAGCAGGUCCCCUCCCUGGACGCCGAUCUCUUCGACGUGGUCGCCGGCCGGCCGGGGAAACGCGGCGCGUGGUACGGCGGCGGCGCGUGGUACGGCGGCGGCGCGCUGGGCCUCGAGAAGGUGUCUGCUGCGUCCAUUGCAGUCCCGACGGCGGCGAAGCAGCAGGGGCGCGUGAGGGAGAGGCACUGGAGCUGCGACAGCGACAGCGACGUGUUCGCGGUGCCGGAGAUCUCGCCGCAGCCGCUGGCGAAGAAGGCGCGGCCGCCGGCGACGUCAUUCUGAUGCUUCUGAGCUGAUACGUCAGUCCGGCCGGCGUGCUAGCUCGAUCGCCUGUCUACUUCAUUAUUACUGUUACCAGUGUGUGAUCAGCUUGCUGUUACUGUGUUGUUAUCGCAUACUUACCAGUUACCACUACUAGCAGUGCUCAAUCACAGUUAAACUCGGUGCAGUUUAAGGCUAUCAGAGAUAUUGUUACCGUAUUGUAAAAACUAGUGAUUGUCAUGAAUGUGUGCCACCUCCUUGGUAAUGUUACAAUGGGUUGAUCA